AUGCAGAUUAACAUUGCCUUUGCCGCUUGCAUUGUCGCCGCCGCUGCCACUACUGUUGCCGCCCAAGACACCUUGACCUCGACCACCUCGACCACCACUCCCGCCGGAGUUAACUAUGCUCCUGGCAGUAUUGACACUGGCAGCAUGGCUCCCCCGUCUUUCUCGCCGCUGGCCAACGUCAACAGCCACUUGGCGCGCAUGGUCUCGUUCCUCGACAUGUCCCGCAUAUCCAAUGUCGAGACCACGUCCCCGGUGAUGCUCACCACUGUGUUUGACCCGGCAAUCAACAAGUUCACGCACCUGACGCUCAACGUCAUGCAGACGAGCAACGGCGCUUACUACCUGCCCGUGUGCGCUGUGGACUCGAUUACCGCCGCUGGCCCCGACCAGGUUGCGUCGACCGACAGCUGCCAGUUUGGCAUCCAGAUGUCCUCUGUUCCAGCCAAUGUUGUGCGCACAAAGCUCGGCGCGGUGCAAAGCCUGUUCCGCGCAAUCAGAAGCGCUGCAAGCCACCCGGUAUUUAAUCUCGGCGGAUUUUCAAUGACCAGCACGACUAGCCCCCAGUCUGGUGCUAGCGCUGGCAUGCAGGCCAUGUAA